CCAAACCAAAAAAAAGAAAAGAAUCUCUCCCUAAUAUCAUUAUCUCUCCUCUCUUCUCUCUUCUCUCUUCUCUCUUCGGCCGCAGGUCCCCGAUGGCGCCGUUGACUCAGUCUGUCCUCAGCCUCCUCUCCGCCGCUCUCCUCCUGGGCUUCCUCUCUGAUCCGGCCGCUGCUCGUCCCUGCAAAACCCUUUUCAUCUCCUCCUACUCCGUAUCCUUCCACCCCAAUUUCCCCGAUCAAAACAACCCUAACUCCGCAGGCACCGCCGGAAUUCUCACGAUUUUCACUGAGAUCCGGCAAUUUAACCCCCGUCCGCCACUCACCUUCGUCGACGCCGUCGAGGAUCAGCACCCGAUCGAGCGUCCGCCGCGAUUUGGCCUCGGUCUAGGGUUCGACUCCGACUCCCUCCGCGACCGCACCAAGGACGUGCUCAGCGUUGUGGUGGCGCUGCUCUUCGGCGUCGGCUGUGGCGCUCUCACCGCCGCAACCAUGUACUUGGGUUGGUCGCUCUUCUCCAACCGCCACCGCUACUCCGACUUCGAUUACGAUGACUUUGAGGAUGAUGACGUUGACAUGAGCCCUAAGAAGGUGGGCUAUGUGAAGAUCCCUCCUCCUGCUGAUGCCUCUACUCCCGUGGCAAAAGAGGCGGUAUGAGGCACAGAAAAAUUAGGGUUUUAAUGCUUAAUGCCUAGUGUUUUGCGUUUCUGAACCAGGUGCUAUUUGCUAUGUUAUUAUGAAUUAUAUUGCUAAAAAUGUGGGUACUUUUAUGGUUUUGUGUUUCUCAAUCACAUCUAUAACUAUGCUUUGUGUAUAUUUAUCAUCUAAUACAUUGAAUGCUUGUUUUAUUUAA